GCCCAUCUAACCUCUUACGCAUUCCGUGUCCUAGCAGGAUUCGGAUUCAUUCCUCUUUAGAUAGAGUUGAUGCAGCUGCAAAACCCUAACGGUUACCACUACCAUUCCUUCUCUGCUACCGUAUCCGUUUCUUCUCUAACCUUCUCUCCGAUCGCUUCUUUGGAGAAUGCCGAAAGACGCAGAUCGGGCGAGCGAUCUCCCAGAGACCGCAUUCUGCAGUAGAUCCUCUCCCACCUCGCCACCGAAGCCGCCUUUCGAACCAGCCUUUUGUCGAGGGGAUGGGCCAACUUGUGGAAAGGAGGCGACACCAUCGACAUCCAAAAUCCCUCUUUCCACCUCGUAGCUCACGAAAUCCUUUCAUUACAUCCAUGAAUACGUCACCACUCUCCGGUUGGAAGGGUCCUUUUCUCCAACCUGCAGGCAAGAUCACCGAUUUCGGCUUCACAAAGCUGACUACUCUGGAAUUGCGGCGCUACAUCAUCAUGGCGGGGGAUCCCAGCGUUCUCAAUCCUUUCAAUGGCGGCCUUCCUUGUUUGACUGACUUGAUGCUGACCGAUUGCACCCACUACGAUUCCGAGCUGGCACUAGCAGUGUCGGUGCUCGAACUGCGGAACCUCGAAAUCAGGUGCGAGGAGAGGAAACAACUCAGGAUUUCUCGAGUGUUCGCUCCGAAGCUCGAGUCUUUCCACCUAAUGGGACUUGGAAGGCAUUAUUGUUGUUGCCAUAAUUAAUUUAUCAGGACUUGUUUUUUUUAUCAUUAUUCAAACAAUUAUAAAAAUUUUGACGUGUCUUGUGUAUAUGUAGGUGAGAAUAUUCAUGAAUAACUAGCACUAAUGUAAAUUAAUAUAAUUAAAGUCAUUAUCUAAUUUAUUAUAAUCAAUUAAUUAACCAUGUCUACCUACAACCUAUAGUAUAAGAUCAAAUUAACCAAUAGAUCAAAAUGGAGGCCCCUUAAUAUUCAGAAGCUCUAUACCGAACACACUCUCAUGGCCACCCUGAUAAUAAAACGAUGGACAUGAAAACAUUUUAUAUGAAAAGUAAAAAUGACACAAGAAAUAAAAAAUUCUCAAAAUAUUCAAAGAUAAAUAUAAUUUGUGUAG